UGUCCUAUAACGAAAACGUCAAACACAAGUGUUAAAAUUUAACCGUAAACAAAUAGAAUUAGUUCGUUUUAAUCAGUAAACAAUGUCUAAAAUGACUAACGUAAACUCGAGUCUGGCUUAUGAAAUAUUGCUUUACCUAAAUUCUUUCUAUUUGGGAAUGUUUUUCGUAUGUGAAAUCGCUAUGGGAAUAUUAAAGGCGAUAAAUGUGUCAUAUCCAGAAAAUGCCCUAUGGACUGAAGCAGGAAUAUUUUGUUUGCUUUGUCUAGUUGAAGUAAUACGUAUUUUUCUAGGAAGACGUGGAAAUUUAGCCAGUAAAAAAGUUCCUGUGUUUUUUUCUGUGUUAUUGACAAUACCUUGUGCAGUUGGUGUGUGUUAUUUCCUCAUUUACCAAACAUAUAUACUAAGACUAGAAUACAUAUGGUGCGCUGUGAUGUUAAUGUUCCAUGCCCUGGAACUUACUUUUGCCAUUUUAUUCAUUUUUACGGUGUGUAAAAACCAACAGUAUGAAUAGAACAGGUUUAAAAGUACCUCCUUGCCAAAGAAAUACUGAUUGCCAAAUUGUUUACCAGAUUGUAAUGCUAUUUAUAUACAAUCUAAAACAUUUACAUUCUUAUUCAGAGGAGAGUACUUUACACAGACAUUUAUAAAGAUAUUUUUAUAGAUAGAUGUUUAAAAAUAGAUUAUAAACUGCUUUUAUAGUGUGGAAUUUAUUCAAUAAUGUUAUAAGAAACAAAAUGUUUAAUUAAAAUGACUGUUAAAUUAAUGUUUGCUUGUUAAUUAUAUGCAAUUGUAAUUAAUCCGCUUUUGUACUUAGAAGCUUUAAUAAUUUAAGUGAAUGGCCAUAUAUUUAUCGUCCUGUUAAAUAAUA